UUUUGGUCGCUUUACGAUCGAAGAAGACAAAAUCCAAACCAAGACUGACAAUACAACUCAUAUUUUACACCCAGGUUGUUGCCUCUCAUCAAAAUGGACGUUUAAAGGAAUGCAAUAAAGAUACACGAAUUACAGUCACCUUCACACCAACUGUGCCUAUUGUGGAUGAAGCAAUGCAAAAGCACUUGUCUAUCAAAAUCCUUGUGCCGWWUCGCGGUCAAUUACAAAGUAAAAGURCUGUUGAUACAUGUGACUUAAAACUUCCUCAUGGAAUGCUUCCUAGUGAAUCRCGUAWCAUCACCAUCACCCCARUUUGYGACAACCUUGAUCAAACCACCSUAGGKUCGAUGGAGUACCGUUUUGUCAUUGYMGACUUUAGACAAAGAUUUUGGUUGAUGUAUAAGCUACCAUCUGUUAGGGUUUCCAUUUCAAAUACACCACAAAAGCAGUGUUCAUCAGUAACAGACCCUCAUUAUACAACAUUCGAUGGAAGAUAUUACGUUUUUAUGCCUAUUGGAGACUACGUUCUUUACAAAAACACAUUUACGGACACGGAGGUACAUGCUCGUUCAUGGGUUUGUGUGUAUUGGUCUCCUGCUAUUACGUGCAAUUGUGGAGCUGCAAUUCGUGAGGGAGCUGAUAUCAUCAUUUUCAGCGUAUGCAAUGCAAAUCUUGUUCAAAUGCCUAGACUUUUGAAAACUGAAAUACGAAGUGAAAAUGGCCUGGCACCAGGGACCCAUAUUAUUAGAACUGUUGAAGGCAGUAAAGUGACGCAUGAUGUUCUUCUUCCAUCUGGCAACCGUGUUAAAGUCGAACGUUAUGAUUGGGGCCUUAACAUAUUUGUCAAAGCAUUCGCACCUAAACCAAACACCAUAUUUGGAUUGUGUGGCAAUUUGAAUGGAAGGCAAGACGAUGACUUUCAUCAAGGAGGUGACAAUCAAAACUAUGGUCAGGAUGCAGUUUCUUUCGGAAAUAGCUGGAGGGUAGAUCCAAGAAAAAGCAAUUUCAAUUUACGUCUUCCGGCACCAACCACUCCACCUACAGCGAACCUACCCAAGUAUUGUGAGUGYCCCGCAACUGAAAACCAUGUUUGGGAUUGUGAGUGGGACGCAAACAGAUUCCAUGACUUCAAAAAAACCACAGGAAAAGAUAUUGCCGACCAGUUUCGAAAACCRAGUCGUCGACGAAGGUCAAUAACCGGAACUUUCUACAGCGAUGACWUAAUGGAUUAUGAGGAGAGGAGCUUUUUUGUUGACGAAAAAGAGGCACAAUUCGCGCUUCGACGUAUUCGAUCAAGACGAUCAGUAAGCAAAGAAGUCAUGUCCAAUGAAAAUGCUACGAAACACUGUAGAGCUGUCAUAGAAGAUUCAACGGCUGGAAAGACAUGCAGUGAUGUUCCUGGGUUUAACCUGACAUCAGCCAUGGCAGAAUGCAUCACUGAUUUAAAGUUAACUGGUGAAAUCAAGUUUGCGGGUGCCGCAUUUGACUCGAUGAAAGAGGCUUGCGAAGAAGUUGCUUUAAAAAACGUUUCUUUGUAUAAAUCGGACGCUAGUGGAAAAUUCAAACCUCCGGCAGACAUAGGCGAUAAUCUGUGUCCCGGCGAUUGUAGUGGACAUGGUAACUGCACCAACAGAACCUGUGUAUGCGAUGAAGGUUAUACCUCAGAUGACUGCUCAAUGAAUGUCAACGCUGURCCUGAGUUGUUAGGCAUCUAUGAUGGAGGUUUGUGUGACAUUCGAAAACGACCAUGCAARAAAACCGACAUCUUUGGAAAAGACUUUAUCAACUCAGAAAACAUCACUUGCCAUAUAAGAGAAUUUAAGGUGACCUCAGGUAGCUGGAUACCUAAGCAAGAUGUCAUUAAAAAAAGCGGUACGAUGAUUGACAUWUUUGGAGUAAGGUGCAAUCUUCCUGAUCCUCCAACAAAAGUUAAUGACUAUGAUUCUGAAGGGACUCCUGCAGGAGGGCUCUUGAUAUCGAUCUCGAAUGAUGGCGARCAUGCAAGUCAGCGACACAUGCGAUUUGUUUCUUAUGAUUCUGUGUGUAUGUCAUGCAAUAAAACUGGCAACUGCUCUUUCAAAGAGUCAACCAUCCACCCGUAUUUGCGAAAGGUCAAUCUCCUCGUUAUGCCAUAGUUGGAGAAAUUCUACCAUUACAGCUUAAUUCAACAGACCCCGAUAACCGUCCGGUUACAUACUCCCUAAUGAGUACAACAGCUAAGAAUGGGUAUACGUUCAGUUCUUCUGGUCUCCUAAAGUUAAAUGUCACAGUUCAAAAGAAUCAAGAUUUUACUGUUCAAGUAAUCGAUGAGUGUAACGCUACAGACACAAUCACCGUUACUGUGCGCAUCGUGGUAUGCCCUUGUAAAAAUGAUGGUCAGUGUUCUYCCCAUCCCAAYCAUCCACGGGGAUCUGGUAUGUACUCUUGUCAGUGUCCUUCAGGAUUCAGUGGUGAUAGAUGUGAGACGAAUAUCAAUGACUGCAAAUCCGUUAACUGCGGCAAUGGAACAUGUAUAGAUGGAAUCAAUAAUUAUACAUGUCGAUGCCAUGCUGGUUUUGAAGGAUCCUCAUGUGAUCAAAAGAUCCAUAAAUGCACAAAUCAAUCAUGUUAUGUUGGUGUCCAGUGUACAGAGUCUCCCAUUGGAAUAUCCUGUGGGCCUUGUCCGAAUGGUAUGUCUGGAGAUGGAAAAACAUGUACAGCUCCAACCACUACAAGUCUACCAACAACUACUGCAGAAAUAACAACAAAAGCUCCAACCACUACAAGUCUACCAACAACUACUGCAGAAAUAACAACAAAAGCUCCAACCACUACAAGUCUACCAACAACUACUGCAGAAAUAACAACAAAAGCUCCAACCACUGCACGUCUACCAACAACUACUGCAGAAUUAAUAACAAAAGCAGAAACCUCAACUGAAAAAACUACAACGGAGCCAACCACMGCUGCUUUACCUACUGAAGGGAAAACAACGGGAAAAGAUACAACGGUAAAGACUGACGAACCRGUAACUGAUGGACCGACUACUGCGGUUGAGACGGAGGUACCGCCCACAACAGAGCACUUUCCUGAAGAGAAAGAAAUAAAUGCUGAAUUAAGCCUGAAGAUGGAAUGGAAGGAUGUAUACCAAGAUAAAAAGAGUGAAGAAUAUCGCUCAUUGGUUAAUCGUAUAGAAAAUGAGAUAUUUGACGCAUACCGAAAAGAAAAUCGUGACAAAAUGCUGAAAGAAGUCAGAGUAAUCUCGUUGAGGUAAUAAAUACGAAUUGUUCAUUUUUUGUGUCGGUGAUAGAUUUUUUCUGUGUCGGUGAUAGAUUGUCUGUGUAGGUGAUAAUUUGUCUGUGCAAGUGAGUGGAAGAAAGGGAAAGAAGGUCAAUGAAAGAGGGAAGAUGAAGUGACUUUUUAAUGAAUGUGUGAAUAGAUAAUGGACAAAAGGGCUUGUAUGUGCAUGGAGAAAACAUGGAAAUUGAAGCUGAUGAAGACAUUAGGAUGAGUAGAGGAUAUAAUUACAGGGAAAGGAAUAAGAAGUGGGAGAUAAGAAUAAUGACAUGGGUGAAUAAAUGGAUGGUAAGAUAACCGUUAAGUGAAAGUAAGGAAGGAGUAAGGAAAACUAUAUAGGGGAGAGUAGAGGAGAAAGGAUGAACAAAAGAUGAGUGGGGUAGACGAUAUGUGGAUAAGUGGUAAGAGAAAAGAGAAAAAGGAGGUAAAAAAA